UGGAAGUAAAUACAGCAUCAAGCAAAAAUAAACCAAAGAUGAUUCAUGUAGGGAAUAUUAUCUCUUAGAACAAAAAGAAUAGAUUUCUCAAUGCAAAUUUCAGUUCAGCAGUUUUUCUGCAGACAUGGGCACAUCCAGCUGCGUCCUGUUCUCUUUGGUUUUGUUUCUGCUGUCUGGAUGAUGAAGAAGACAAGGGCCUUUUUGUGCAAAUGAGAAAUCAUAGGACUCACAUGCUUCAGAGGAGAGAAAGUGAGGGAUCACAGCAAAAGAGAAGCUUGAUCAGAGGGAGAAGGACAGGAAAGGAACAAGGCAGGGGAGCUGAGUGGACUCAUCAGGACCAGGAAACGGACCUGAAGGCAACUGCACUGAGCAACUGAAGGAAACCAAGCUACAAAACCAUGGAAAAUGGCAAUACAGAAAAUUCUACUGAAGACAAGACAGAGGACAUGUCAGAAGAUCAGGAACAGAAUGUGGAGGAGGCCAAUGUGGAGAUUUCACAGUUGGAAGGCCUGGUGGCGGAGCUGCGCAAUGGGCUCCAUGCUGCCCUGACGGAGCUGAGCGAGCUGCGUCAGAGGGACCACAGCCUGGAGGAGAAACUCCAGGCUCAUGAGACUGACGUGGAUGAUAAAAUAAUGGGCCUCAAGAACUCCCUUAACACUUUCAAGGAGGAACUGAGUGCGACUUUAUUCCAUAUCAGAGACAUUUCCAACAGACAGAAAGACAUUCAGAGAAGGAUGGAAACGCUGCAGAUAGAAAACACAAAAGAUUUGAACUCUGCUCCACACAGCCGUAAAAACUCAAAAGCAGAUGUACUGUCAGCAUCUGGAGAGGAACACAUCUGUGUGCCCAAUCCAUCAGAACUCAGUGUUAUUCAACACUACCUGUCCACUCUGCCUCAUAAUGGGUCACCACAGAGGAGCAACACAUCCACACACACAUCGAACUCUGAGCAUGAAGCCCAACAUCUGCAGCAGCAGAGAGGACAGAUGUGGGGAGAGAGGAAGAACAGUAGAGACGGGGCCGAGACCCCCAACACCCCAACGAAAACCAAUAAGAGGCAGAGAGCGGCUCUGGAGCUGCUGGAGUCAGAGAGAGUUUAUGUCUCUCAUCUGUCUCUGUUACUGAAGGUCAACAUUUCCUUCAAUGGAUCAGAAGUGUUCACAUCGAAGGAUAAGCGUCCAUUUCCCAGCUCUCUACGGUUUCUGAUCCAGCAGCAUCUGGAGCUCCUCCAUACUCUACAGGAGCGCGUACUGAAGUGCCAGUGGCAAGGCAUCAUGGGAGAUGUUUUCAUGCGGCUUACCAGCAAAGAGAGUGAUUUCUUGGACUUCUACGUUUCCUACCUGAAGGAGCUUCCAGACUGCCUGUCAGUCAUCAACAUGCUGGCCUCCAACGCCAUCAAAUCUUCUGCUUUGUUGGAGAGUGACAUCAUGGGUGAUGAAUCCAAACCUUCUCUCUACACUCUGCUCCUCCAGCCGGUUCAGAGAAUCCCUGAAUACCUACUGCUGCUGCAGGGGUUACUGAGGCAGACGGACGCAGAGCACCCGGACUAUUACCUGCUGCUGGUGUGUGUCCAGCAGUUCAGGUCCUUCACAGCUCAGUACCACCACCUCCUCCAGCACAACCAGGAGCUGCUGCUGCACAACCGCAAGGAGAUAAAGAGGUCUACUAUGAAACAGCUGUUGAAGACAGUGGAGAGUGGGAUUCAAUCCAACAAUAUCGGGUCACCGUACCCCUCCAGCAGCUCCAUGAUGGAACACGCCAAACGCAACAAACAGCGUCUCCUGGAGCAGAUGCAGUCCCGCCGAUUCCAGGACUGGGAUCGAGACCAGGAUCCAGAACCUCAUUGUUACGACCCGGAGUGGCCGACCCAGAUACCAUUCUUCAGUCCUGAGCUGGACUCACAGAACCAUAAACCAGCAGGGGAGUUCCUUCUUCCUCCGGACCCUCCAGGGAUGGAGAGCCUGUAUGAAGAGGACAGAGGGUCCCUCCAUGAGGUGUCCAUGUUCGACCGCUGCUCCUCUGCUUCUUCUGACUCCUCCAUCGACAUCGCCUUUGUGAAAUGCCCCAAAUCCCCGCCCACACCACACAAUGCAGUGGCGGUGAAUGUGUUGUCUGCACGUGACAUCUACGGCAAUGGAGGAAGCCAAGGCAACGGUUACAACAAACUACUCAACAGAGGGUGUGUGUCUCCAGAUGAAGCCAUAAUGAUGCGCCGCAAUCAACACCGCCCCCUUCAGGCCAGCCAACGGAAGAGCAAGUCCCUGAACGGGCUGCAGCUGGAACACACAGUGAACGGUAUGGACGCUGGGCCUCUGUCCGACCACCUCCAAAGGGUGGGACUUGUCAACCACGCAAAGCUGGAGCGCCAAGGAAGCAAAGGCAGCAAAGGGUGUACCACACCAUCCCGCAAGGUCCAGAGCCCCCUGGGAAAUAAGGCGGACCAUGACAAGCACAAUGAUGAUCUGCAUGGGAUGCCCAGCAUCGACUGUGCCAUGCAGUCAUGGGGCGAGGAGCUGAAGUGGCGAGGUGGAGCAGACGAGAACCACCAUACUCCUUUUAGCGAGAGGAGUCGAAAGCAGGACAAAGGAGGCUUCAGGAGCUCAUUUAAGAAACUCUUCAAGAAGAAGAACAGUGACGAUAAGAAAGAGAAGGGAGGUGAGAAAACACCAGAAUAUCAGAACACUGAACACGAGAAAACUCCCAAACUGGUGCAUCUGGAGAUAACCCGUGGUACUGCGGUGUGAACACCAGUCUACUACACAAGCAUUCAUUCUAGGAGCUAUCACAUCACACUGUUGAUCUUUUCCUUUCUCACUGCUGUAUAAAUGCUGUACAGGUUUGAAUCUAUAUAGUAAUGUCCUCUCAACAAUCCCAAACAUGAAUGUGAUUUUUUUUUUUUUUUUACAAACAUGAUGCAAAUUUAAAAUAGUCAAAAUUCAAUCAGGUGUACUAUAGAAGGAAAAAAGCACCAGUCAUCCAUCUUAGUUAAUGUUUUACUUGGUGUGUUGUUACAUAAAAGUUGCAUUAUCACGUCUAACACCAAAAUUACACUGAAGUUUAAGGCAUGUUGCUUUGACAAAAGACACAUCAGGACUUCUGUUUCAAUGAUGUUUACUUGAUUGACAGAUUCUAGAUUAGGGAUGAACACGUCUCCUUGUACUGUAAAUAGCUCUGCUGGGACUACAGCUUCUCUGAAAGGAAUUUAGUGUUUUUCAUCUGUCCAAACAUAAUAGGAUUUUUUUUUUUUUUUUUUAAUAAAUGUACAGUCUGCUCUUUUUUCAUAAGGAUGAUGUUAUGUUUACUAUUAUUCAGUUUCACCUGCAUUUAUAGCUCAUAGGUGGCAAACACUACGGAAUUCUGUAUGGAAAAUACAACAUAUUAAGCUCUGACUUUAAGACUUUUCACUCAGUUAUCAAUUCAGUUCAUAAUCAGAUGAAUUAGCCAUUAGCUCAUCAGAAUACAUUGGUGACUUUUAACAUUACAGAUGUUUUCUAUGGGUCUGUUUUAUAUCUACAAAGCCAUAAUCAUGAGAGGUUAUCAUAUUAUGUUUAUACUCAGGAGAACAUACACAGCCUGGCCAAAAAAAUAGUUCCCACAUGGAUUU